AUGAGUCCUCAAAACUUUGAUCCUCACUUUACACAAAAUAUUCAGCAACCCAAUGGCCAUUAAAUUUAGUCUUAACAGCAAUAUAUGAACUAUCUCAAUUCAUUUUACAAUGAAUAAGAUCUUGCUAAAUAAUAGCAGCCAUUUUAAGGCUAAUAAUAGUUAUAGACUCAGCAAUCAAAUGUUACUGUUGCUUCGAAAAAGAACUAAAAAUUCUUGGAUAAUGCAAAAUCCCUCUCUAUCUCAACUUAAAACUAUAGCACUAUAAACUAAAAAGAGAAGAUUUCGAAAUAACAAGUUUAUAAUUAAAAAAUGCAGACACAGCCUAUCGUGUCUCUGAAAAAGAGUGGUGCUGCAGCCAAUCUCAAUGAAAAGUAUUAAGCAUAUUUAGUUGAACCCUCAAGACAAAUUAUCUCUAAUCUUGGAUAUCAAACUCAAUAGAUAAUGCCGUUGAGUUCAUACAGUUCUUAGUCUGUGCAUAAUAAUCAGGGAAGCAAAGUCGAAUCAUUUAGAAUAAUUGGAAUUAAUUAGAAACAUUAAAGUCCUCAUCAUUCUAAUAAGAAGGUAGUUAAAAGUGUAAAAAACUCACAUAAAUAAAGAAAAAGCAUUUCCAAAGAGAACUAGUCUAAUGGAUCAUCUCGUGGAACUUCUCAUAUUAUAUAAGACUCGAUUAAAAACUCAUAAAAUAAUACUUCCGCUAAAAAUAUCAAUAAGCAUAAAAGUAGAGUUGUGAAAUCAAGUAUUAAGAACUAAAACACUCUAUAAUAAGAGUAAGCUUAAGCAUUUUACAGUGCCAAUUUGAGUGAUAUAAAUAACUCUUCUCCAAAUUAAAAUACUUUUCCAGAUUCUGUCUCCUAGAGGUAUGAGCAGAUGACUGUUGAGGACUAGUUAAGAAAUAAGAUGACAAAGAUAUAGUAAAACUACCAAUCACUCCCAUAGAAUUCAAAAAGCUAACGAAUGAAUGGUAAAUCUUCAAUGAGAAAUAACUCUCAACUCAAAUUGAAGACUUUGAAUCCAACAUAAUAUUCUAAUUUCGAUUCAUUCGAAGUUCUUAAUGGAAAUCUUCAAUCAAAUUUUGCACUCACUACAAAGAACUCAAAUACAAAUCAUAUCUUUAGCGUAUCUCAUACCCAACAUCGCAGUCCUUAAAAAGACAGCUUUUAGUUCAAUAAUACAAAUCAUAUAGUCAGAAACGGUACACACAUUCAAGAUUUGACAAAUGAUUAUAAUGAUAGCAUAAAUAAUAAUCACGGAAGAAACUCUCAUGCUAAUAAGAUUCAACAAAAGAUACACAAAAUUAUUCAGGCUACAUCUCAAAGUACUCAACAGCACUUUUUUGGCAAUUAAAAUAAUCAAUAAUCAACUCUCUAAAACUCAUACUCCUCAGGAAAUUUAGCUAGACAAGCAUAAUCAUAGCAUUUGGUGAACGGAACUUCUAAGAUAUUUAGACCUUAGUCACUGAAAUAACUUAUGCCAACUAUUGAUGAGUAAAUUAUGAAGCUAACUGAAGUUAAUGGAGCUGUUUCACCCUCAAAUCAAAAUGAUUAAUUAAGUGGCUAAUUUCUGUUCAAAACUUAAAGUGAGUCUACUAAAAAUUCUCAAUCGAGAGCUUCAUAAGUGAAGAUUCCUCUUCACCCAACAUCUUAGUCACAAUUUAGAGGCUAAAUAAUUAAGACAUUGAGUUAAAAUAACUCAAACAGAAAUCUUCAAAUAACAUUUAACCAUAAAGAGUCGAUUGAAGGGGGCUAGCUAACAAUUGAGGAAAAUGAUAAAUUGCACAUGAAAUCAGCUAGAGGAAAUCUAAGUCCAGAUAAAUGUGAUAACGGAAUUCCAAAUAUACUUUAGAAGCAGCUUUAAGAGAUCAUGAUGAGAACUUAACUAACUCUCAAGGCCUCUAAAAAGAGAGAAUUAGCUUUAUAGGUCAAGUGUCAGGAAUAGGAGGAAGAGAUCAAAAUAUUAAAGCAUAAAGUACAAAAUUAUGAAUAGACAUAGACCUCUACAUCAUCUACUUAGCAAAUUAAUAUUUGA